AUAAUUUCAAUAUAUAUUUAUAUCCAUCGAAAGUCUGUUUAAAUAACCUGAAAACUAAACAUCAAUUUCGAUACAAGAGAUCGUUUACAUUUGGGUUUUGCAUAUAAAUCGACGAAUGACUGCAUAAAUGAUGAAUAAAUUGGCAAUUAUUUUUAUUUUUUGCAUUACAUUUAAUACAAUUCAAUCGAUCACUCAAUCACUUAAUGGAAACGAUUGGUUCGCAACAAAUCAAGAUAAAUCAAUACGAGUGUUGGCCAGAGUUCCCGGUUCUAUAUUUACGGAUCUCAUCCGCAAUAAUGUUUUGAAAGAGGAUCCCUAUUAUGGCAGUAAUGACUUCAACUAUAAAUGGGUUUCUUAUGCUAACUGGACUUUUGAUAAAAUAUUCAAUGUGGACGAAAAUAUUAUCGACAAGAAAGGAGUAUAUCUUAUAUGUCAUGGUUUGGACACAAUUAGUGCCAUAUAUUUAAAUGAUGUGUUUAUUGGAAACACCGAUAAUAUGUUCGUUCGGUACAAAUUCGAUAUAAAACCGCACUUAAGAAUUGGACAAAAUAUGAUUCGGAUUUCAUUUGAAUCGGCCGUCACUUAUGCCCAAAGAACUCACGACCGAUACAUACGGGACAACUACAUUGUACCGCCCGGUCAAUCGUCUCCUUUUGUGCAAAGAGGAGAACUGCACGCAAACUAUAUCCGCAAAAUGCAGUCUUCUUUCAGUUGGGAUUGGGGGCCAUCCUUUCCAACACAAGGCAUUUGGAAGAAUAUUGAAAUCCAAUCCAUAGAUUCGGCAAUUAUUAGAGAUAUUGUGGUCAAUACUAUCCCUCAACCUAACGACAAAUGGCUCUUAAAUACUACUAUUCAUUACGAGUCUAUUUAUUACACUCAAUUCGAGGGUUUGCUUCAGAUAUCUAUUUAUAAUACUGUUAUAUUGAGAAGUCGUGUCCAACUCAUGCCAUCAGCCGAUGGCAAUGCAGUGCUUAAUCUGGAAAUACCAGUAAACGAAUCGCUUGUAAUCCAUAAGUGGUAUCCAAACGGAAUGGGGGCUCAAAUGCUGUACGAUAUGAGAGUUAUUUUCACGACUACUGAAGAGACUGUCGAGAAAACUAUUAGAAUUGGUUUCCGGACUAUUGAGUUAAUUCAAGAUCCCAUUAAACCGAGAGGAUUAACAUUUUAUUUCAAAGUGAAUGGUUUGCCUCUAUAUGCCAAGGGAUCGAAUUGGAUCCCCGCACAUGUCUUUCAAGAAUCCCUGUCCACCGAUUAUAUAAGAGAUUUACUGCAAUCGACUCGUGAGGCCAAUAUGAAUAUGUUGAGGGUUUGGGGCGGAGGGGUCUAUGAGUCGGACGAGUUCUACCAAAUUGCCGAUGAGUUAGGAAUACUUAUUUGGCACGACUUUAUGUUUGCCUGUGCUUUAUAUCCCGUCGACAGCCAGUUCUUGGACUCAGUUAACACAGAAGUCACGCAACAGAUCCGCCGUUUGCAACACCAUUCGUCCAUUGCUUUGUGGGCCGGCAACAACGAGAACGAGGCGGCGAUCGCACAGUACUGGUGGCCCGAAAUCAUGUUUAAAUCGGAAACAUAUAAAAGAGAUUACAUUAAAUUAUACGUUGAACUCAUCCGCGAAAUUGUGCUCAGAGAAGAUAAUUCUCGGCCAUAUCUAACGUCGAGUCCAUCUAAUGGUUUGGAGACAAUCAAAAGAAAUUGGCUCUCAAGUGACCCCCAAAGCAAUGUCUACGGAGACGUCCACUUCUACUACUAUCAGCCCCAGGCAUGGGAUUGGAAACAAUACCCGAGCGCUAAGUUUGCCUCAGAAUUUGGUUUCCAAUCGUUUCCUUCAUUGAAAAGUUUAUCAAAAGUCGUCAACACAUCGGACCUCACAUUCCCAUUAAGUGCGGCAAUCGUUGAAAGACAACAUCACACGAAUGGCAACAAUGAAAUCACAAAUUUGAUUGACAAGAAUAUGCGACUCCCAGUUAGCGGAGGGAUCGACAGAUUGGAUGAUUUUAUAUAUCUAUCACAAAUAGCUCAGGCGAUGGCUCUUAAAACAGAGACUGAGUUUUAUCGGAGAAAUCGAGACAUUAAUCCAUUAAGCGGUGAGGGGUUUACUAUGGGUGCCCUGUAUUGGCAGCUCAACGACAUAUGGCCGGCU